AUUCUAAGCUCCAUGAAAAACAGUGUCCAGGUGUGGCGUCGACUCACAGCUAAAACAUUCAACAUGGAUAUUUAUUUCAAAAACUUUUUACUAUUCUCUGCCUGGAUGAAUUGUUAUAUCGCAGCAGGCAAACAGGGAACUUCUGAAGGUGUGUGACAUUAAAUUAAAAUCUAUAAUUAAAAAUCUAUGUACAGGGGUUUUGGGAAAAGGACCUGAAGACAGUGCGGUUAUUAAGAGUGACUUAAUCAUUGCCAUUAUGAGUGUUCUUCUUUUGCUGGCGUUCAUAACUAUAGCCUGUUGCUGUUUCUUUCACUGCAAACUUGUGACUGACACUGUUCCCCAAAAAGUGACCACAAAGAAAGUAGUGCAGUCUAUUGACACCAAGACUCUACCAUAUGGCAAAGAACAGUACACUGAACUUAAGUCAGAGUGUAAAGCUACGACCAAGCCUGUGCUCAUCCAUCUUUCUCAAUCUGAUAAGUCAAAAAAGCAAACUGCAUCCCAUUAUAGUCACCAUGAUAUUACAAUGACUUUCUCCAACCCGCCUGCUGUCACUUGUGUAAAACAGUCUCUCUCUGAUGAUCGUUCAGAUCCCGAUUGUAGAAUGGACCACUUAAAAAACCUUUUCAGCCAGUCAAAACAUCCUUAUUCCUUAUUCCCUUGUGAGAGCUUUUUAGAUGCCUCAGGUUAUUAUUGUUCAGCAAAGCUUGUAGAUGAUGGAAAUCACACAUAUAAUGAAGAAAAUUCAGAAGAGGAUGAAGAAACCAUUUUUUGUCCCUCUGAUACUCAAAUUUUUAUAUCCCUCAACUCAGAUUCUUCUGAAGAUGAUUAAGAAAAAAAUGCCUCGAUAUGAAAA